UUCAGGCAGUGUGAUUGUGGCGUCAGAGGACAUGUCCGGUGACCAUGUGCACGUGCAGUGACUCGCGCUGAGGAGACGCUUCCCCGGUCCCGUCCCGUCGGUGGAGCUCGCAGCUCAAAAGAACAGGGUUUUUUGUUUUUUUUAAAUUUGGCACCAUGGGGACGUCCCGCACCGGGCGCGGCCUCCUGCGGCUCCGCGUCCUCUCCUGCCUCGCCGUCCUCCUGCUCUACUCCACCGGCGCCGGCGUCGCGGCGUCGCGCCGCGGCCUCCACCCGAGCUCCAGGCACACGGGCGCGCACCACCGGCCGCUCACGGACGAGCAGCGGGCGGACCAGAACGUGCAGUUCAUGCUCAGCCUGUACCGGAGCGCGGCCGAGCCGGACGGCAGGCCCAAGCAGCACCGGAAGUUCGGCUCCAACACGGUGCGCCUGCUGCGGCCGUCGGUGUCGUCGGUGCUCUACUUACCGGCGUCCGGAGGUGAAGGAGCCGACCACCACUACACCUUCACGGUGCAGUACGACCUCGACACUCUCCAGUCGGAGCAGCUGAUCAAAGCCUCCUUCAUCCACCUCCGCUCUCCGUGGCCCUCCACCUCCUCUUCCUCCAGCACGACCUCGAGCGGCGCCCAGGUCGCGGAGCCGCCGCGCUGCCGCGCUCAGAUCGCCCCGCUGGGCCCCGAGAGCCUCGUCACCCUGGAGCCCCACGAGCGCUGGACGGAGACGGACAUCACGGCUCACGUCGCGGGCCACGUCCUGCAGAGGAAGGGCCAGGGCGCGGGGGGACACCUGACGCUCACCGCCCAGUACUGGUGCACGGAGCCCGGGCUCGCCGAGGAGGAGGAGGAGGAGGAGGGCGUCGGCGGCCUCUGGUGGCGGUGGUGGAGUCGUCUCAGAGGGCGCCAGCGGGAGGAGGCGGCGGCGGCGGCUCACCUGGAAGUCCCGUCUCUUCUUCUGUACCUGGAGGACGUGCGGCAGGGGAAGGACUGGAUGGGGGAGCUGUUGGGGGCCGAGGGAAGGGACGCCAUGAGACAGAUAGAGCGGUGGCAUCCGUCGCUUCGCCGGCGCCGCCGCUCCAAAGACUCCUCCUCCUUGUCCACCUCCCCCUCGUCCACCUCCCCCUCCGCCGCCUCCAUCGUCUCCAACAUCCCCAACUACAAGCGCAAGACCGGCGCGCCGAAGAACCGCUGCAAGCUGCACUCGUUCCGCCUGUCGUUCGACGAGCUGGGCUGGGGCCACUACAUCGCGCCGCCGGUGUACAACCCGCGCUUCUGCCAGGGCGACUGCCCCAACGUGCUGCACUACGGCUACAACUCGCCCAACCACGCCAUCAUCCAGAAGAUCAUCAACGACCUGGGCAUCGGCGACGUGCCGCCGCUGUCCUGCGUGCCCAACAAGUACAUGCCCAUGAGCGUGCUGUUCAUGGACAAGAACAUCGUGGACUACAUCGAGCUGGACGACAUGGUGGCCGAGUCGUGCACGUGCCGCUGACGGGACGGCAGAGAGAGGGAGAGAGAGGGAGAGAGAGGGAGAGAGGGAGAGAGAGAGAGGGAGAGAGAGAGAGAGAGAGAGAGAGAGAGAGAGAAACACGAGACUUAAAAAAAAAUUUAAAAAAGGGAGGCGGACGUGUUCGAUCUGAACCACCAUGAGCUCGGGACUCCGAAGUAGGAAGUGGUCGUGGUUUCAGAUCUUCUCCUCCGUCCCUGUGAAAGCACUUUAAAAAAAAAAAGAAAAAAAAAGAACACAUGAGCAGACGGGAGAGAAGAAUUCCCGACUUUGGGAUUUGGUGAAACGUGCCAGUCGCUCAACGCCCGUCACUGUCAAGUUGUUUUUUCUACUGAGGUUGUAGCUGAUUUCCUUUUUUCUUUCUCUUUUUGUUUUCUUUCCUGGAAGCCUUUUAAGACACUUGAGAGAAACUUUAAAUGGAUUUGAGUUGAAAUUAUCACAAAUUAAACUUCUGCAAAUGACCAUCUUUUUAAGAAAACUUUAGGAAUGAAAACCCCCACAAACUACAGUCAAAUAUUGAAUGAAUGUUUUCUUUCUUGUGCCUCUGUCAGUAUAUUCUGUCUCUUUCUUUCUUCCUUUUCCUGUGUCGUUCGUCGUCUUCGUCUUCUUUUUUUAGAAACCUGGUCAGAUUCAUUUCUGGGCCAAACAGAAAAGAAAAAAAAAGAAACUCUUCUGGAUGUUGUCGCUCUGAGGCCACGAGGUCAAACCAGUGUUUUAUUGGACGAGGGGUCGACCGUGUUGUGAACUUGUGUAGAGUCAUUGUGAUGUCAGUAUUAUUAUCAUUUUUUUGCCGUUUACAGUCGCAACUUAUCACAUUUUGUACGUAUUUAUAACAGGAGGGGGUUUUGGAAUAAAAGAAACUGAACAAAAUGAAUUUCAUGAGGUGUAGCGGCGCGGGGAUGUUACAGGAGGAAACCAAACUGUUGUCGUGGAGAAGAAUGCAGAUUUUUAUUACAAAUGAAAAUGAAUAAUAAAAUAAAAUGCAUGUUUUCUAAAGCCUAAA